UCCAAGAUUUGGAGCGAAACGUGAGGACAGAGAGAGCACAGACAGAGGAUACCACUGGGGAGAAAUCAACAACACUGAAGAGUGCUGACUUCAAGGCGCAGAAGCUGAAGGGGCUGUUUGUGCACAGGAUAUCAGACACUCAACAUCCCAAAGCAGCCAUGGUGCUCCUACUUAUAUCCAUAAUUGCACUGCAUCUGGUCACCUUGGCCAUGCUCUUCACUGCCACCCUGGAAAAGUCGUGGUGGGUAUGGACUGAUGAAGAAAUCACAGACCUCUGGUAUAACUGCUUCCACGAUAACGCCUCAAACACCUGGUUAUGUGCUGCCACAGACGAAAGCGACUGGCUUCAGUCUGUCCAGGCUCUCAUGGUCCUCUCUGUGGUCUUCUCCUCCAUCUCCUUUCUGGUUUUUCUGGGUCAGCUGUUCACUAUGGCCAAAGAAGGACUCUUCUAUGUCACGGGCCUCUGCCAGGCAUUUGCAGGUUUCACAGCCUUUGCUGCUUGCCUCAUCUUCACCUUCCACAGAAAGGAGAUCUUAAACGACACCAGAGACCUGAGCAAGGGACGCUUUGGCUACUGCUUCAUCCUAGCAUGGCUUUGUGUCCCUCUCCUCCUGGUCAGUGCGAUUCUGUACGUCCAUCUGCGCAAGAGACAGUGAGCAGAGAAGCUGAAAGAGGGAGACAGGGUUUCUUAAUAUUAGUAUGGUAGCCAUUUUCCUCUGAUGUGAAGCCUUUCUUUGCACCUUUGAAGCCAAAAUGCUGUUUAACUGUCAUACAUCCUUUUCUAGGUUCAAGCUGUUUAAAAAAUUCAUUAAACCAUCACUAUUUCAUCACCUCUUUAACAUUACAGCAACUGAAAAGUCAACAAAAAUUGAAAAAAUUAAGGUAUUGUCUUCUUGCCUAAAUUGUUUGGCUAGGAUGUGGCUUUAAGCUAACACUGGAAAGUCCUUAGACCAGGGGUUUCAAACUCAAUCACAGAAGGGGCUGGUGUUCUGUCAGAUUUUGCUUCCUUGUCAGAUAUUGCUACUUCUGCUUUUUCCGGUAGCUGCGUCUAUUGAUUUUUGCUGCCUUGUCAAAUUUUGCUCCCAUUACUCAAUGCAUUAAUAUAAAGCCAAUAAUCACCUCACUACUGAAUUAAGACUUCUGAAUUAAGGUCUUACCUGAGGGCCUAACAGGGUCCACAUUUACCUGUCAGUUUCAUUUUUUGCCAGUAUUGAAUUAUGGGGAAAAAGUUAGCAAUGAUGAUAAAUGAUUUUGGGAUUUAAAA